AUGGGCCGCAGCCUCCUCGACCGUAUCCAGGCCAAGCUCGAGUUCUUUCGCCUCGAGCAGCACUACACCCGCCGCCGCCACCGCCGCUCCACGUUCGUCUCCAACGCUGUCUACGUCGACGGCGAGUACGUCUACCAGACCCCCAGCAGCACCGGCUCCUCGACCGAGUCGAGCCUGAACCGCACCGAUGCCCUCCACGGCGAGCACGUCGGCGCCUCCAAGUCCAACCUGAGCCGCGACAUGCCCUCCUCCCCCCUCAUGGACAUGGACGAGGAGCCCGUCGCCCCCAUGCCCCCGCGCAAGCGUCUCAACCGCUUCAGCUCCAUGCCCUCGUUCAACGGCAGCACCACCUCGCAGACCUCUGGCAGUGAGCGUCGACGCAGUACCGUCCAAUGGCUCGACAGGAAGUGGUGA